GACAGAAACACGAAGUGACGUCCAAUGGUCAAGCCCCGUGCACCACACUGGGCUCAUGGCUCAUUUGUACGAGGAUGUAGGACGUGUCCACGUCCUUCCGAAUCCUGCAAACAAUGGGAGUAGGGCUGCUUUGCCUCAUACUCCGCCUUAACCUAAUACGUCUUUCGGCGUCAUGAUGUUCAACAACGCUAAGUGUCUGAGCAUAAAUAGGUCUCCUCUCCUCAGCCUAGACUGUGUUUCUUGCACCAUCUACACCAAGCUCUCAUCAGUCAAUCGAACAGACACUCAUAUCAGUUAAACGACCACCCUAGGACUCUCAAGCCCUUCUUCUACCAAGAUGCAGUUCUCAACCAAACUCGUCCUCUUCCUUACCGCUGCUGCCGCUGGCGUCUUUGCGGGCCCGGCCGUUGACCCGGGUGCCGUCACCUCCAGCCAAACUGUCCAGGAUGGCGAUAUCCUCUACGUCGGCCUUGACGAGGUAAGCUCACGCAGCGCAGAACUCCCAGCUACACUUGUCUGCCGCGCUGACACCCCUUUCUUUCUUCAUACAGUCUGCCCUCGAGCGCCGUUCCAACGGCGUCGAGAAGCGGUGCACUGGCGCUUAUUUGCCCCCCCACGCAGAUUGCACCCCGGGCCAGUGCCAGUGCCUUGGCAACAACGGUUGCUGGUCUUGCAACGGUGGCCGCACGCAGUGCCAGCCCGGCCCCGGCUCGGGCGUGUGCUGGACCGAGUGAGGAUGGGUGACGGUGGUGGAAAGAAGAAGAACGCUGAGGGGCAUCAUCAUACGUGGCAUCUUCUGUUUUGUUGCUAGGGGAUGAAGGAGUUGGAACUUUUCUUGUUUUCAUUGCUGUGCGCUCAUUACAUCCGUCAUAAUAGUCACUCAGGACGCCGAGCUGGUACAUGUCAUACAACAUAAAUAUAAACAUCAUUGGGCCCAGUCAGC